CGCCGCGUCCUCUCCGGCAGGGGGGCCGGCAGCGGGCGGCGGGCAGCCUGUUCGCCUUUGCCUUCUCCCCCGUCGUGAUUUUAGCUCGGGAGGGAGCCGGAGUCGCUGGUGGAUCGCCCAGGGGAGAUGGGGUUUCUCGUUCCACUCUGCAGUCUUCACUGCCUUAAAAUACGCGGGGGCAUAGGCGGUCCCAAGCGGUGUUCGCUUCGCUCGGGCGAUUCGGGGUUUUGUCUGUCAGAGCGGGAAGGCGGGGGAGGCCUGGUGUGCGGCGGGGAAGCGCCGGGGCCUCUGGAGCGGUUUCUCUCUCGCUCAGGCGCAGGCACCGUCUGUCUCCUGUCACUAACAGGCAGGAGGGCUUGUGCCGAGCUGGAAGGGGGGGAGGUGGCGCUGAAACAACCUCCUCAGUGCUGGGGGACAGGGUGGUGGGCGUCCUCCAGGGUGCUGGCAGCUGGGGAAGGUUGUGCCUUGGCGGGAGAAAGCUGUGUGCCGGUGUCCCCGGCUUUCUGCCAGCCCCGCUUUGAUGGGCCCUCGUUUCAGGCAAAGCCUGCGCUUCUGAGGUUGAGGUAAAGGCGGUAUUGGCAAGGGCAAAUGAAAUACACAUUUCAAGAACGGAUUGAAGUAUAAGGAGUAAGGUUGGUCCAGUUCCCCUAUCACGCACACUGGAGGUGUUGAGCUGAGGUGUAGCGUCACGGUGCUGCACGGGACUGGGGUUUUUGGUGGUGUUGAUGUGGGCAAGAUUGUCUUCUGAAACUGCAGAGGCUGUUUAUGCCAGUUAAUUUUCUAUAAUUGUAAUACAUUUGCUGUUUGAAAACUUUUAGUUCUGUGCACAUAAACACCAGUGUCUCAUUUCCUGUAGAGGAUUAUGGCCGUGCCUUGGCCAAGAUAAUGUUUGGAGAUAAAGGCUUCCUGUUCUCCCUUAUCCCUAUCACCCACCCUCGUUUAGGGGUUUGCUUGUAGUACACUUUCUAAACUUUAAAGAGGCAGCUUAUUAAACAGGCAGUGCUCUGAUUUCUCUUAUUGAGAUAAAAGAAACAUGCAGUAUUUGAAAAGGACUUUAAAUAUUUUUAAGUAACUUUUUUUUUUUAAUUCAGGUUCUCUAAAUAAGGCAAAAUCUGUUGCUUAAUAUGAAGAAAAGCAGAGGUCGGACAGGUCGAAAGAGAAGAAGAAAACACUUACAGAGUUUUAUAGAUGGAGUCAGCUGCAGUCACAAGCUGGAAUACAUUAAACUUAAGAAGUGGCUGAAAGACAGAGGAUUUGAAGACAGUAAUUUAAGGCCAGCAGAGUUCUGGGAUACAGGAAGAGGACUGAUGACAGCAAAAGCUCUUCAGGCAGGGGAUCUGAUUAUUUCAUUGCCGGAGAAAUGCUUACUCACCACGGGCACUGUCCUUAGUAGCUGCUUGGGAGAAUACAUUAUGAAAUGGAAGCCUCCUGUAUCUCCUUUGAUAGCACUAUGCACAUUUUUAAUAGCAGAGAAGCAUGCUGGUGAGAAAUCUCUGUGGAAGCCAUAUCUUGAUGUUUUACCCAAGACAUACACUUGCCCUGUUUGCUUGGAGCACGAUGUAGUAAGCCUUCUUCCUGAACCUUUAAGAAAGAAGGCUCAGGAGCAGAGAACGACAGUCCAGGAGUUGUACAUGUCUUCCAAGGCUUUUUUCUCUUCCCUGCAGCCUUUGUUUGCUGAAAACACAGGAACUAUUUUUAACUACAGUGCUCUAAAGUGGGCUUGGUGCACUAUUAAUACAAGGACAAUAUACAUGAAACAUUCACAGAGGGAAUGUUUUUCUCUUGAGCCAGAUGUUUAUGCAUUGGCACCAUAUUUAGAUUUGCUAAACCACAGUCCAAAUGUUCAGGUAAAGGCUGCAUUUAAUGAGCAGACAAGAAGCUAUGAAAUUCGGACAAAUUCACAGUGCAAAAAAUAUGAAGAAGUAUUUAUCUGCUACGGGCCUCAUGAUAAUCAGCGACUGUUACUAGAGUAUGGAUUUGUUGUCAUGGAUAACCCUCACAGCACUGUUUAUGUCUCAUCAGAUAUUCUCCUCAAAUAUUUUCCACCACUGGACAAGCAGAGAAAUACAAAACUUUCCAUUCUAAAGGAUCAUGAUUUCUUAGAAAACCUGACCUUUGGAUGGGAUGGACCGUCUUGGAGACUCCUCACAGCCCUCAAGUUGUUAAGUCUCAGAGCAGAUGAAUUUACUUGCUGGAGAAGAACGCUGCUUGGUGAUGUAAUUUCAGCCAGAAACGAACAGCAGACUCUGAAUAUAACAGCAAAAAUAUGCCAUUUUUUAAUACAAGAGACACAGCAUGUCCUUCUCCAGAUCUCCCAGUUGAAAAGGAACAACGAGAACCUCAAAAACCACCUGGCUUUGGUAGAAGCACUACGCUUGGAAGAUCUGAAGAUACUACAAAAAUCAGCUGAGAUUCUUUGCAACUUGAAUAUGGCAAAAACUUGACACAUCUGGAGCUGUGAUAGCUGUGGCUGAUUGGAGCUCAUUUGCCAUGGAUGUGCCUUGCUCAACUGUUUUAAUGGACCUGAGCAGCAAAGAAUAAUGUAAAAAGUCAUCAGAAUAUGCCUAGUUUUGCCUGUCACACAGGACCCAGAGUCUUAUUUUGUUCUUUGCUGAUCUUCAGUAAUAUGAAAGGUUAGCCCAAAUGGUUGGGGGAGCACAGGUGGCUUUCAUCACAUCUCAUUUGAAGUCAUGACUGCUGUGAGCAAAACUGCUUCUGGGGUAAUUUGAGCAGCCCCAGGAUUGUGGGCUCCAGCAGUCCUAGACUUUACAGCUGCCUGUGUGGCUAAAGCGGCAAUCAUAGGGUCAAGCAGGCACUCCUCAGCAUGUAUUUGAGCUCUGGCCCUUGACAGAGAGGAAGAAGACAGAGUCACUUAUAUUUGCUCAGUCCUCAUCCUUUACUUUUUCCCUGAGAUAUGUACAUAGUCCCCAAGACUUGGUGGUUCAUGUAUUGCCUGUUCAUUGCUGGAGUAAUAGAUGCAGACUAGAGCACAGAUCAGCUCUAUUGACCAACUCCAAAUCAUUUUCUUCGCAGUUUCAGCCCAAGUGUUUCUUGAACGUAUGGAAGUGUGAGUUUCCCUUCUUUGCUCUCAAAGCUCCCUCCAGACUUAGUAGUUCGUGUUCUGACUCCUGCUGGGAAUGAGAACUGAAAGGAUGUAUUACUUUGAACUCUGUUUCUUGUUUGGAAGACCACCCAGGCAAUUGAUUCUGUUUCCAUUCAGUUCUGGUGAUCACAUUGAGAAAUGUUCCUAUCCUGUCUACAAGGGGAUAGUCUCAUGAGCUGCCUUUCAGUAUUAGUUCUACUUAAGUAGGGAGCUUGAGCUCCCUAUGUUGUUUAGAGAAGAGAGAGACUUCUUCAAAGGGCAUUUCAGGGCAGGACCCUUAUUUAAGCUGUAUAAACUUCAUUUAUAUUUGUGAUUGUGUUGUGAUUGUUUUCCAUU